AUGCGUGGGGACAUAGAUGAUUCAAGACGACUAUACUCGAAACGCCACUCCUCAGAUCAUGCUCAGCUUCCCUUUGAGAAUGAUUCACGAGAGUGGGAGGUCCUUGGGGGCAGUCGUACUAUGUUCAAGCCUUUCAACAAACCCCUUCUUGCCUCUUUGCGAUAUCGUACCGAAUACGCGACAGAGAGAGAGCAGACAAGUCGAAUGCACUAUGACGCAGACUCCAGGAAGCACUGCUCAGAAGAACAGGUCGAGCCCAACAACAGCGACUUCGACUCCCUCUUCGACCUCAAAUUGAGCGUGCCGCAUAACCCCAGCCAGCGCGUCCAGCGCCACGCCCCGGAGAAGCAUGAGAACCAGCAUGCACAACACCAGAGCCGACUGAUUCAAGCCACUAAGAUCCAGCAACCCCCGAGCCGAUCGCUCCCGUCAACUUCCCCCCACAAUUCUAUUCGACGGAAUCGCAGCAGACUUGAGUCAGAGUCGAAUGUGUCGGAAGAGACAUGCGCGAGGAUCACCUCGACCACCCCGACUGCUCCGAACGCGCCCAAGACCGCUAUCGUACCUCCUCGCGCCGAGACGACUGGAGAGACAAUGAGAAGUAUUGGAGAAACUCGCCUGGUAUAUUCGAUGACGAAUAGAGCUGUGGGUCUUACCAAUAGCCCUUACGGGUCCGCGGUUCGACUAAACGCACGCCGAUGUAUGCUAUCAUUUUUUGAUCGCAAGAAGUGCUACAUCAUGGCAGAAGCAUCCCGAACUCUAUCACUGCAGACCGGCACAGUCCUAGACCCCAAGGAUGACCCUACAGCGGGGCCAGAUAGUAAGGGAGAUGUUUACGGCUACGACUUAUGA